AUGCCUGACCUUACCGUUGCAGUUUCGACAGCAUACCUGAUAGUGCCUCUUGUGCUGGGCAGCGGGACGAGAAGCUCGGGAUGGUACAAGAAGAUGUUUGCUGAGAACAUGGAGUCCAUGGACGAUUACGAGGAGGGGGUGUCCGGAAUGAAGAGGAGCCUCUUCAGCCUGAUGCAGGACGACCAAGACGUGCUUGAGAUCGGAGCUGGGCUAGGCCCCAACCUCCCUUACUUCCCUUCCUCGAUUCGAUACACGGCAGUGGAGCCCAACCAAUUCAUGCACGAGCGGCUGAUGGAGAAGUCCGCUCGCUUCCUCAAGGAGCCCUUGAAACUGGUCGAUGACAUCCGAAUGAUUCCAUCUGCUUCCAUGGACGUCGUCGUCUCCACUCUAGUUCUCUGCAGCGUACAAAACCAAGGAUAUCCUACACCUUACAACCAGAAGUCCUUCAACUGGAGCAAGGCCUGGUACAGUGAGAUGAGGCGACAGGUGGCGCUUGCAGACGGCUGCCAUGCCGACAGGGAUACUCUCGCUGCGAUGCAGAGCAAGUUGUUGAGCUGGGGGCGACUGAUGCUGCAGCUGACGACGUUGUUGGUGGCAUGA